ACAGAGCGUCACCAAGGGACGGUGAGGGCCCAGAUUGGUUGACGGGGAGAAGUGAGUCUGGCGUUGAUUCGUUGGCUCUGCUCAUGUGAUGCUGGUGGGGUUGUGACCCCUGUCGUGGCGGAGGGUGUCGGUUUGUCAGAUGUGGUGAAGAAUCUAUCUUGUCAGCUGUGCGGUAUAGAGUGCCUUAAAAAAUGGGGUUUGGAAGCGACCUGAAGUAUUCUCAUGAUGCUUUAUUAAAACUGCAAGACAGGGAACUACGACUGCUGGAAACAGUGAAGAAAUUUAUGGUUAUGCGUGUAAAAAGUGAUAAGGAGUAUGCUUCCACUUUACAAAAUCUUUGUAAUCAAAUAGAUAAAGAGAGUACUUGUCAACUGGAUUAUAUCAGCAAUGUGUCCAAGUCUUGGUUGCUCAUGGUGCAGCAAACAGAACAGCUGAGUAAAAUAAUGAAGACACAUGCAGAGGAUCUUAAUUCUGGGCCAUUGCAUAGGCUUACAAUGAUGAUCAAAGAUAAGCAGCAAGUGAAGAAGAGUUAUGUAGGUGUUCAUCAACAAAUUGAAGCAGAGAUGUACAAGGUCACGAAGACAGAAUUGGAGAAACUAAAAUCUAGCUAUAGACAACUAAUAAAAGAAGUAAAUUCUGCCAAAGAAAAGUAUAAAGAAGCUGUGGCUAAAGGAAAGGAGACUGAGAAAGCCAAAGAUCGGUGUGAUAAAGCCACUAUGAAACUUCAUAUGUUGCAUAAUCAAUAUGUAUUGGCACUGAAAGGAGCACAGCUACAUCAGCACCAAUAUUAUGACACUACACUUCCUCUGUUACUUGAUUCAUUACAGAAGAUGGAAGAAGAAAUGAUUAAAGCCCUAAAAGGAAUCUUGGAUGAAUAUAGCCAGAUCACCAGUCUUGUAACAGAAGAGAUUGCGAAUGUCCAUAAAGAGAUCCAGACCUCUGUUGAAUGGAUAGAUCCUAACUCUGAGUAUAAUGACUUCAUAGAUACUCAUAGGUCAUCAGAAGUUGCUGAACAAGCAAUAGAGUUUGAUAUGUCUUUACUCGAAGAAAAUGAAAACCUUCAAGCUAAUGAGAUCAUGUGGAAUAAUCUAACAGCAGAAAGUUUACAAGUCAUGUUAAAAACAUUAAUAGAAGAAUUGAUUCAGACACAGCAGACACUUCUGAGCAAAGAGAAACUUGUGUUGGAACUAGAGAAAAAAUUAGAAGAGUCCUCUAAGACUUGUGAAAAAACAUCAGAUAUUGUACUCUUGCUGAGCCAAAAGCAUGCACUGGAAGAACUUAAGCAAACAGUUCAGCAAUUAAGAUGCUCUGAGGCAAAAUUUGCAGCCCAAAAAGAACUACUGGAACAAAAGGUUCAAGAAAAUGAUGGGAAAGAGCCACCACUUGUAGUGAAUUAUGAAGAAGAUGCCAGAUCAGUCACUUCUAUGGACAAGAAGGUCAAAGUCUCAAAGUUGGACACUAUACGUCACUCCAUAGCUGGAAUUAUAAGAUCUCCAAAAUCCAUGUUGGGCUCAUCAUCGUUCUUUGAUGUAAUAUCAACUACUGAGAAACCAUUGGCAGAGCAAGACUGGUAUCAUGGUGCAAUUCCAAGAAUAGAAGCCCAGGAGCUGUUAAAACAGCAAGGAGACUUCUUGGUGCGAGAGAGCCAUGGGAAACCUGGUGAAUAUGUCCUUUCUGUGUUUUCAGAUGGACAACGGAGACACUUUAUCAUACAAUAUGCUGAUAAUCAGUAUCGUUUUGAAGGAACUGGGUUUCCAACUAUUCCUCAGCUCAUAGACCAUCAUUACACAACAAAGCAAAUUAUUACAAAGAAAUCAGGUGUUGUUCUGCUGAAUCCUGUUGUUAAGGACAAGAAAUGGGCUCUCAGUCAUGAAGAUGUCACACUGGGAGAAUUACUGGGCAAAGGUAAUUUUGGUGAGGUAUAUAAAGGAACAUUAAAGGAUAAGACUCCUGUUGCUGUAAAAACUUGUAAAGAAGAUCUUCCUCAGGAACUGAAAAUAAAAUUUCUGUCAGAAGCCAGAAUACUCAAACAGUAUGAUCAUCCUAAUAUUGUAAAACUCAUAGGAGUUUGCACACAACGACAACCUAUUUAUAUUGUUAUGGAACUUGUUUCAGGAGGAGAUUUCCUGUCCUUUUUAAGAAAAAAGAAGGAUGAGCUAAAAACCAAACAGUUAGUGAAAUUUUCAUUAGAUGCUGCUUCUGGUAUGGCAUAUCUUGAAUCUAAAAACUGUAUACACAGAGACCUGGCUGCAAGGAACUGCUUGGUAGAUGAAAACAACAUUUUGAAAAUAAGUGAUUUUGGAAUGUCUCGUCAAGAGGAUGAUGGAGUUUAUUCAUCAUCAGGCUUAAAGCAGAUUCCUAUCAAGUGGACUGCUCCAGAAGCUCUCAACUAUGGGAGAUACACAUCUGAGAGUGAUGUAUGGAGCUUUGGAAUCCUUUUGUGGGAGACCUUCAGUUUAGGAGUAUGCCCAUACCCUGGAAUGAUGAACCAACAAGCACGAGAACAAGUGGAGAAAGGAUACCGAAUGUCAGCACCACAAAAAUGUCCAGAAGAAAUAUAUAAAAUAAUGCAGAGGUGCUGGGCCUACAAACCUGAAAACCGGCCAAAAUUCAGUGAGAUUCAGAAAGAGCUGUCUUCAAUCAAAAAGAAAGUGACAUAGUGAUAAACUAGCACCAAACUCAGUCUGCAGGACUUUAUUUUCUAGUGAAGUAAUAUUUUCCCCUUAAACACUGCAUUUAUACAACAUUAUUUGCAAUAUUCUUCUAAUUACUUUAAAAUUAACUGGUUUUUUUUUAUAUCCAAGUCUACCAAUGAUGUCUACACCUUCAUUAAAGAUAUAUUCUGCCAAAUGCUAUAUAUCCAGUCACAGUAAUAUUGUCAUUUAGGAUAUACGUAAAUAGAAAAGCACAUACUAUGAAUUUAAGUGACUGUGGCUUCUAUCUAUUUUACAGCAAGUAAAUGCUAGUGAAAUUUUUCAGAGGUUUUCUACAUUAUGCUGUGUUCUCGCUCUCCUAUCCCCAUCCUAGAUAUCAACACUAUGGCACUGUAAUGUGGUGACUGUGUCACACACGAUGGCCUUAAAAGUGAAGACAGUUUUUGAUAAGUAUAUGAAUGAGACACUUUUAUAUUUUUUAAAUUCUUUAUGCAACUGAUAUUUUUAAAUGAUACCUUGUUUAAGGAUGAAGGUCAGAUUCUGGAUGUAAGGUGAAAUCCAGAAUUUUCUUUUCUAGAAAAUUGAACUACAUGUGCAUUUCUUACCACAUUAUAAAUACUUCUGACUUUGGAUGUGAUUUACUUAAGCUACUGCUUUUUUCCUAUGAAGCCAUCAGAAUUCAGUAAUAUGUCUCCUUUGCAAUGAACUACAUUUAUUUAAAAAAACAAAAAGACCAAUAGCAAGUCUUGACUACAUGUAUGUUGUUAACAAAUACUGCAAAUCAUCUGCCUUACAAAAAAUAAGUAAAAGCAGUAGGUGCACACGUGUAGAAAAGGUCAACAAGAAGUAGAUUUGCUAAUGAUAGCAACAUGUUAUAGGCAACAAAUAGGACUGGUUUUAGAGGAGUAAAAGAAUGUGAAUUACUAGAUUUGCUUUUGAUCCUGACUUUUUCCUUCAAUUUGCAGUAAUUAUCAGUAUGCAGCUGGAGCCUGCAAAAGCUAAACAAAAGUACAUUCCAUGCAUAGUGUCCAAAUAAAAACACUGCUUCUCUAUGCCAUAAGGAAAUAUGUUUUAAGCCUCUAGCAGGCUGAACAAGGCAGAGUAGAAACAUUAACCUUUUAACUUUUUUAAAUCAUUACAAUCAGAUUUCAAAAGACUGGGGACAGUGGAGCUGUAAACGCCACCAAGAAGGAAAAAGUUUAUAUAAAAAAUAACAUUCCUCCAGAAAGAAUAAAGACUCAACAGUCAGAGGAGGAAAGGCACAAAGUUUGUUACUAUGACUCUUGGUUUUCUUUGCAACUUGGACUAUAAUGUCCCUUUGUCUCUUCUACACAAAAUUCUAACUGGAAUAUAUGUCCAGGUGUAGAAUUUAUGUGUUAAUUCUGAGUUCUUUCAUUUUCAGGAAGUUGUAUAUUACUAGCCAUUUUAGAACGCCAUGUUUUUAGACAUCAUUUAGGUAGGCCUUAAAUUAGAAUUUUCAGAGUGUUGGGGGUUUUUUUGGAGGUGAAGGACUAAUUAGAUGGCUAGCUAGUUGCAUUAUUAUUUUGCAGCUCUCAGAUUAUAGCUAUAAGAGAGUAGCUCAUUUAUAGGUCUCAGAUCAUCUUUAUAAAGGCCUUCUCUAAAACAAAAACUGUUAGCUGUACUUAAAAAAAAAUUAAUUAAUAAAAUUCUCAAAUGCAGUUGACUGAGGUCACAGAGUAAAAACUUAGAAUAGGUAAAGUUGAUACUUUCUUCCCCUGCCUUCCCAGAAUUGAAUGCUUUGUAAGUAAAACUUGCAAUAACUGGCUUGGUGUUUUAUAGGUAAAUAUGAACUGUUAUCCAAUAGGACAACAUAGGAUGCAUGCUCCUAUUAGCAAAGAAGGCUUGGAGAAAAAAAAAUAAUUCCUAAAUUGCCACUAUUUGGAACUCUCAUCCAGUUUUAGAACUACAAAAGUUUAUAGAUCAGCUACAUAUAGCUGAAAUUUUGUGAAUGGGUUAAGAGAGACGAGACAGCACGUGCUUCUGCAUUUAAUUUAAUUCAGUUUAAGGCAAUUAUGCUUUUAAAAGAAAAAUCAGAUUGAUAGAGGUUGCUUCUAGAUUGCACAUGUUGAGGCUAUUGAGCAAAACAUUUACACCACCAAAAAAAAAUUAAAAGAUUCACAGUACUGUCUUUAUACAGUCAGCUCAGUCAUUUCAGUCUUUCUCAACAUAUAAAAAAUUCCACAAAUAUUAAAUGCAAUAGCAACACAAAAUCCUUGGAUUACUAAUAUGUAAACUAGUUCUCUCUGAACUUGUGCUGCAAUUAUUAAAGAAUCUUUCUGCUCUUUAAACAGGGCUGCAGUAGGCUAACAGCUCUAGCUGCACUGUACUGCUAAACCAGAAGAAUCUGGCCCUUUGCACCUCCCAAUCGUUUCUUAACUCUGACAGCUCUAUCUACCACAGAUACUCCCCUUUCACUUACUUCAAUAAAGUUACUCUUGUGAGACAAAAGUUCUGAUAUAUCCCUGGUUUUGUUUGACUCAAAAGUUUCAUAGUGAUGUUAUACCUUUAUACCUGUGGCAUUGUGUUUGUAUGAAAAUUUAAGUAAACGUGAAACACAUAGUUCAAAUCAUGGUUUAAUCAAGUUACAAACCCUAAAUACAUAAUGAAUUGUCCACAUCAUAAAAGACAUCAGAACAAUAACAUUCCCCACUGCCUAGUUUACAAUACAGAACAUCCUUUUCCUAUUCUUAUGGAACAAUAUUAAGCCAGUUAUGCCCCUUUCCAAAGGAAUGAUCUUGCUGUCAGACCAGAUGCAAAACACUAUCUUUAAAAUUAAUACCAGUUCCUCAAUUCCAUUUGAGCUUCACUUUAAACAUGCCUUCUACUUAUCAGAACUUUCCAAAUAGUAUUAAUUUCCAUUAUUGUUAUCCAUUUUGCUUUUAGAAAUAUGACCUCUUUACAUCAUAUAAUGUUUAAUUAUGCAGAUAAUUAUACAUCCCUCCCAAAUUCUGAGACUUGCAACUUCAAACAACAAGCAUUGCUAAGUCAAUAAAAGUCUACAGGGAUGCUAAUUUUUCAUUAGGUGACUAAGUUGAUAUGGCUUAAUGCAUUUAAAAUAUAUAAAAUUUUAAAUUGAAACAAUUACUUUACUGAUAUUUUGAACAGCAGUAUUGCUUCCACAAAAUAUCUCUUCAAUAGAAGCAUUUACAUUUCACUUGAAUUCUACACAAAGGUAAACCUGUACCUUUGUUCCUCUCCAGUUUUUCAGUGAAAGGGACUGCUGAAUUAAAGUAACCAAUUCAGGUGCUUUCAGCCAUUCUGAUAUGUAGCAUAGAUGCAGCCAGGAUUUCAUAGAGAAGGUCUUGCACUCUAUAUGGCAACUUUUUAUAGCAUGCUUAUGCUUGCUACAAAGCACUAAUAAAUCCCCUGGAGACUGGAAGUUUCUUGUAUCUCUGAAUGUAGCCAAUUCCUUGCAACACCUGAAGUUGUAGUGCUUAAGGAGAGAUAGUGACAAUAUUAUUUUCCUUCCCUCCACCUUCUGCUUGGUCAUGCCACAGAUUCAGACUCUUCAAUAGACCUACCAACUAGAAGAAAAAUAACUGUUUCCACUGUUAAUUGUAUCAUUACCUGUAACUGACAACUUAUUUUUUCCACUGAGCUUCCCACCUAAUUUUAACUAAAAUGCUAAAAACAUGUAAUAGGAAAAACUCAGAAUUUAGGCUCAUCACAUGGGACACAAAAGACAGGCAGACAAAAACAUCUUGAGGACUGAAAGCCAAAACCAAGCACCUAUCCAUCCCUUCUAUUAAAGAAUUGUGUAGUUAUAUGCAUAUUCAAAAGUCUUCCAGGUAUAAAAAUUUGAACUAAUUUUAGGACUGCUGGUUUUUUCAACUGUUAAUUUUCCUUCAUAUAGUUUUAGGCAUCUGGAGAAGGAGGAGGGAUGUUGAGGAAGGUGGGAAGGUUGAUUCACUGACCCACUAGCACACACACAAGUUUUGACACUUGUAACCUUGAGUGGGGUACAGAUACAGUUUUGAAACGUGUUUAAACUUUUUUUUCAAUUUUGUGCCAAAGUAUGCAUCAUCAAGUUUAAUAUUAGGUAAACAACCUUUUAUACUCUUUGUUGUUUAAAAAAUAAUAUAUUUGUGAAACAGAUCGAUAAUGCAUAACACUGGAAAUGGGUGCUUCUUCCCAAAAGUACACAUGUAAAAAACCAAAACAUUUGUGAAUUCAUAUGGCUUUUAAACAAGUCCGAAAAUGAUAACUAUGUAAUAAAAGUUAGUGGUCUGUCCUUUAUAAUUUUAAAUAGAUAUGCAUUUAAACUUUAUUUAUUUGCCAAUUUUUAUAUACUUUAAAGUUACACUUUUGAACUUAAGCUAGCUUUUUAUUUU